CGCAGCAGAUUCACAGCUUUAGCUCCAAAGGCAGCUGCAUGUGGCUGUCUUUUUUAAAAAGCACUCGGCUUCAGAAGCAUGGGAAGGUGCUGAGAAUCUGACCCACAAACUUUCAUACCUGUGGACGCCACACCAGCCCAACCAUGAGGGACCGACUAAGCACCUUGCAGGCGAUGUCCAACGGCCACAUGGAGCCGAUGGAGUACGCAGAGUCCACCGUCUCCGAGUCUCUGAGCAACAUUGACCUGGAGGACGAGUUACCGCACGAGGCCGUCGUGUUCGACAACAGCCCUGCUCUGGAAGACGUCUUUUCCCAGUCGCAGGAGGUCCACAGAGACAUCCAGCUCAUCCGCCUGGAGGUUAAAAGGCUCCGGGAGCAGAACUCCCGCAUGCUCGGAGGCGUCAGCACGAUGAGCGCCAUCAAAAGGGACUCCAACGCCAUCGGCGCCGAUAUUAAGGCGAAGGCCGAACACGUGCUGAAGCGCCUGCACGAAAUGGACAGCACGGCCCAUAAGCUGGAGGAGGCUCACGGCUCGCAUUCAGCAGUCACCCGGAUAGCCAGAACCCAGUACGCCUCCCUCAGCAACGGUUUUCGCGAUGCCAUGUUUGACUAUAACGAGGCCGAAAUGACCCACAGAGAAAACUGUAAAGCACAGAUUCAGCGGCAGAUGGAGAUCGUGGGGCGCGACGUGUCGGGAGAGGACGUGGAGGACAUGAUAGAGAAAGGCCAGUGGAACAUCUUCACCGACAACAUCGUGAGUGAAGGCAAGACAGCCCGGUCCGCCUUGUUCCAGAUCGAGAAACGCCACCAGGAGCUGAUCGACCUUGAGGCCCGUAUAAAGGGCAUCCACGAGAUAUUCCUGGACGUCGCUCUGCUGGUAGAGGAGCAGGGCCCCAUGCUGAACUCCAUCCAGACCAACGUGCAGAAGACUGACGCCGGCAUUCAGGAGGCCCUCGUCAAACUGACCCGGGCCAAACGUCACCAAAACAACAACCCGUUUAAAAAGAUGUUUUGCAGCUGCUUUCCAUGUGUCGAUUAACAGCUGUACAGGGCGGAAAGAAUCGAAAAGCUUCCAUGUGCUGACCAUGGAAGGACAAGAGUAAAUUCUUAGACAUUUUCAUAUUUAUCAACAUUGCUUUCAGAGUAAUUGUACAAUAAACUUUUUUUUUCCCCAUAAAGUGAAGCUUUAAUGUGUUUUUUCUGUCUUGUUUGGAUCCAGAGAUAAAACUGCUACGGUAAAUUAUUUCUCAGUCCUUAAUAUUUGUUGUGUUAUGUGAAAGAGUUUACCUGAACCCAUCUUUCAUACUUGGGUAACUCAGAACAACCAUUUGAAAGGAGUUUUCAUGUUUAGUUGACUCCUGAGUCUCCAGCUCGGAGCGACUGGCAUUGAAUGACCGAAUCGCAGCAGUGACAUUUUCACAUUAUUGCUGGACUGCAGUCUCAAGGCAAGGUGUGUGUUUGUAUGAGAAAGCGCUUUGUUAGCAAACUUGAGAUUUUUGUUUACAUGCAAAUCCAAUUUCAUCCAAAAUGUUUUUCUGGUGUCUUGGUCAAAUCAUCGAAGCCACUCCAGUGAAUAUUUUGCUAAACUUUUGUCCAGUUCGUCACACUGCUGAUGUCCAUGAUAUCUUAUGCUGACGUGGGCUGUGUAUUGUAUCAUCUGACUUUCUUCCAACCGAUA